AUGGCGACCUCCAACCCUUACGGUACUGGGAAAUACAAGACCAAUGUGGGAAGAGCGAUCUCGAAGAAAUGGAAAGAUCUCCGCCAGGUCAAUUAUGAGGGCGAUGACUGGGGAGACGAUGAAGAGUUCGAUGAGCCACAACCCGUGUCUGCGGACAACCCUCGACAUCCUGCUUGGGCGGCUCAGUCCAACAUGUCUCCGCCCAAUCGCAGCUUUACCAAUCCUUCCCCUCCUCAAGCCGGCCAGAGACCCUCGUUUGAUCGCGGCGAUGAGAGGAGAUAUGUCUCCUCCUCUGCUGGCUUUGAAUCCGCAUACCCUACAACUCAGCGUUCGCCUUUCCCCGAGCCUCAACACGAUGACGACCACUCUGGGCCCUAUUAUGGGAUGCAACCUCCUCUUCGUCUGAAUACCCAGGCACCGAGUCCCAUGCCUCCAGGCGGCUUCCGGCCAGGCUCAAGAGGCAGACAAUAUCCAGCAUAUGAAGAUGUGCCUUUCUCAGCCCCAGGAAGUUUUCCGCAGCAGAAUCUCCCUAGCUAUAGUCGUCCUCCUUUUAAUGACGUCCACCAGCGGCGUGAAAGUCCCAUGAGGCCGGAUAGUCGUUCUUCUAAUGCGUCUCACCGACAAUACCCUCCGCGCAAAGCGAGCUUGAGCCAACUGCCGCCUCAGCCAGAUUUUAUGCAACGCACCGAGUCUCCUGCGCGGUCUUCAUCCCCAGGACCAGGCAAUGGCACUGUCGCUGAUGAUCGUCCUCCACCUGUGUUUAUUCGUCCGUCAGAUAUCUACAAGCGUAUGCCUGAGGAAAUGGAGAAAGUACGCAGAUCACAAGAGUCAUCCCGCCCAAGCAUUGAUUCAGGGUCAAACCCGCCCAGAGAAGGUUCUAUCGGUGGCCGCUCGACUUCAUCAGACCCUAAGGAACAUACAGGUUCUAUGCAGACGGCAUUGGACGACGCGGACUCUACACGGCGCCUGAAACCUACUUUGGACACAGUACCUGAACGGAAGAGCGAGUAUGGCUUCGAGAACUUGGUCAAGACACCAAGCGAGGAGAACAAACAACCACACGAGAUGAAGACCGAGAUUGACCCUGUGGGCGUAUCCAGGCAUGGUACUAAUGCAUCGUCGGUCUAUACCGAUCGUCCAGACCCAGUCUCUGCCUCGACUAUCUCUCGUAAUGUAUCAAUCACUGAGGGCCUUCCUGAAGCCGACCAUCGCUUGCCAAAUGCGAAGGAAUCGUUUGGGCUGCCCCUCGUUCACAGAAUGUCGGGAUUCGACGUAGAUCUCGGCGGGUUGGGGAAGUCGGUUCCGGAAGCCACAACCCAGGCAUCGCAGCCAUCCAGCGAUGUACUACCACAGGAGACUUCGUCAAAUAGCGGCCUUGACGAUGAUACUACUGACUCGAAAGGCCAGGGUUUGCCACAACAGCCGACCCUUGGCUAUCGGUCAGUCGUCCAGCAAGCCUUUGAUCACAGCCAGGACCACGCAUCGUUUUCUCCCACCUCUACAAUGGGAACCGUUGAUCGUUCAAAUAGUGCUUCUACAACAGAUAUUAGCCCCAUCAUAAGUCGGAGGCAUGAUCCAACUCCGACUCCCUCUACCAUCCACACCGCACAGGCCACCAUCCCCGAAGAGUCAGCACACUCGGAGUCGCGUCCGACAUCCACCACAACGUUGAAGCCUGGUGACGUGGAGCCAGUUCGAGAUGAAGCACUUUCUCCGCCACCCCCUAUUCGGUCUGGCUAUCGACGCGACGUGACUCCUCCAAGUCGAGAUAAUAGUCCUGCGAAGAGGCCUCGCGAGUUCGAACCUCAGGAACUCCCACAACCACACCAUGGCUCACUUGUGGAUGAUGAGACUAAACAGUCUAUAGCAGAGGAACCAGCUCGCGGUAGGAUAUUAGGUGAUAAACCACUUCCUGCAGCUCCCACAAAGGCAACCAGUUCUGCGGACACAGGCAGCCCUUUACCUCUGUCGAGGUCAGACGCUCCAUCAACAACUCAAGCGGACAAUCCCACAGCCAUACCAGAAUCUGGUCUUGUCCGAUCUGGUCUUACCAUUCUAAAUGCCCGACCUGCGCCAUCAAGUGACAGCCAAGGGCGCCCAGCACCUCAAACACGACUAGAGAGUUUUCGUCCUUCCAUUCCAGGGGGGUGGCAAUCAUAUGCCUCGUCCGCAGGCUCAGCCACUCCUGGCACAAGCACGCCUUUACAAAGUCAGAAAAAUGUUUUGUUACCUCAACCUCCUUUUACUCAGAGCCGAGUCGAUAGCACUGAGAGCAUACCUACCGCCCGUGCUCCCAUAAACAUCGCUUCUGAUGGGGAUGGUGUAACCCGAAAGGCUUUUGCCGCAGCUGCUUCCGCCGGUAGUGCACUAGCUGGAGCGUUGGCUGGCCAUCGACUAACCGAACAAGCGCAAGAAUCUGGCGAGUCGUCAGGAGAAGGGAGCCCAAAUGAAUGGGACGAGUCGAGCUCAUCCAGCGACGAGGAGGCAGAGCCAGCGCCAGCGACAUCUGAAACGCCGCCGGAGAGUCGGAGCAACAAACAAAUGGCUGAGGAAAAACCAGAGAACUUGGGGACAAGAACACAUCCCAGUCCACCAACCAGCCCGAUUCGACCUCCAUCUGUGGCAAGCUCAACGCCGUCAUCCAUUGACGCUUCUGCCGAGGCUGGAAAAUCUCGUGAAAGCGUUGACUACAUACCAGCCCCAUUGCGCACUAGUCGACUGAUCGACUCCUUGAGUUCUCGUCCGCGAAUUCCUAGUGUCUCGAUGCCCCAAGAUACUCCUACUGAGAGUGACAAUGAGCGAUUACAACAAGAAAUUGUCAAGAGUCUAACUCCAAAGUCUUCGAACUUAGAAGGGCAAGCUAUAGAAGAAAGCAGCCUCCCGGACACAGUUCCCCAAGGGACCACAGAUCAAACCGUCGCCGAACCAGAACCUGGAUGUCAGAAACCAGCUUCCCUACAAGUCAUCACACCCAGAUCAAUAGAAGCCACCAUCUUGACCAAAGAUGGACAAUCGACCGGCACUGGUCAGCCACGAGUUGAGUCCACGACGAUACCUUCACAGUCUUCCACUACAUUUCCCCAGGGAGCAGCUAUGUCCCAAAAUGUAAACACGAAUGUGGCGGACGCCGCCCAAACGGAGCCUCCCGUCGAACAGAGAUUGCCAACGGCCAGCAAACCGUUCCUGAAACAACGUUUCUCCUGGGAGACAAGUAGCUCACAACCACCAUCUGCAUCAACACCUAAGCAGAUGAGCCCGCCUUUUACGAGUUCUCCGGAUACGAUCAUAGCCCAGAUGCCCGGGGUAUCUACCUCGGCUGGAAAUACUCAGAUAGGCGAUGAGGGCGACCAGCCUCUAGCCAGGCAAGCAAGCCUGUCAUCGGAUGAGUCCGUCCAACCAGCGCCGGCCGCUAGAAUCUCGACGACUGCUUCAGAGGUUCCCCAGUCUCCACGACAGCCUGGCGACGGACCACCAACUUUCCGUACUAUCAUGAACCUCAGUUCUCCGGCAGAACGUAUCAAGGCAUUUAACGAGAGUAGGCAGUUCUAUGCCACGCCAAAUGAGCAGCUGGAAAAUUGGCUGUUGUCUAUGAAGACCCCGGAAAACUCAGAGCUUUUUGCUGCGAACGGACGGGUCUCACAGGACACGGUCGAGAACACCCAAACCACACACAAGCCAUCGCCCAGACGAAUGUUGACAGAAUCUGCUGGACACAUGCAAGAGGAUGGAAAGAGGCUAAUGGCCGCUGCUGGACGAUUUGGUGGCAAAGCGGGCACUGCCGCCAAAGGUCUUUUUGCGAAAGGAAAGGAGAAGAUGCGUCAUGCAAGCUCUGGCGAAAAGGGCGCACUGGCCAGCCGACGAAAGUCAACUGGUCCUCUUCCGGACGAGCCCGAAGACGUUGCAUCCCCUUCCCAGCCACGAGGUUCCACAGUCCUUGACCGCGCACCACAGAUUCCACUAAGCAUCACGCCGGCUUCUCCCAUUGAUUGGUUCUCGAAUACCGAGCUCAAGAGGUCACGAACUAGUGAUCUGGAUCAGAUCCUGCAGCCAGAAAUAUCAGCUUCCUCUGCUAAUCCAGAAAGUCACACGAGCACCCGGCCACAGUUGGAGCACAUCAAGGUGUUGCCCGAGGACGGCAGCAGGUCGUCUGGUGCUCCUGGCGUGCCUGUGCUUGCUCCUAGUCCCGCGAUCUCGGCCUUGGAUAGCGACCAAGAACAUCACGAAGAUGAUGGCAUGCCCAGUCGUUCAGUCAGCCAGUUGACCAGGCCUACUGAUCAAUCACCUAUCGAAUCUCCGCAUCGAGCCAUAGCAAGAAACAACAGCGAGAGAGAAAGCUCUCCAACCCAACCUCAGGCCAUCGCUGUCCAGUCUCGUGGUUUGGCCCCGAAUGCUCUCACCGCACCAAAACCUCUCACUGAGCACCACGACGGCUCAGCCUCCGAUGCGCACUCCAGCGAUAGGAGCCUACAAGUCCCACAGCUCCGACGACGAUCUGUCAUUUCAGAUGUAUCUAGUCCCAGCCCCAGUACUGGCCCUGGAGCGGAGCAACAAUAUGCGAGAAGGAGUGUGUCUCUAUCACCCGCCGACGAAGUAUCAGUUGAUGCUAUACCUGUUCAAUUCAAAGAGCAGAUGACCCAGUCCGAAAAUCUACCUCCAUCGACAGCAGCUGAUACUGCAAGGAAGCAGCAAUCCAUGGACACAGAGGAGCGCCCAACGGAGCCUCUGACGGUCGCUGUUCCGUUGCCGACAUCGCAAGAUGAAUCUCCUACUGGAUCAGAAUCGAAGCCACAGUCUGAAAACAUAGAACCACACCCCACAGUCAAACCACCCGCCCAACAGCCGGCAUCGCAGCAUGAACACGACGGCGGAAACCCCUCGUCCCGUCAACAUCGACCCUUUUCAUUUGCCGGCAUUGAAGGAAUCGGUGCAAUCCACCAAGCAGAGCAGACGCAGGAGCCAGAUCUCAGCAGAAUUCCGUCUCAGCCAAUGAGUCCUAUAAGUCAGGGCCUAAGCGGCGCGGGGCUCAGCAAGGAGAUGUCACAAGUCAGUAUCGAAGAAGUUACAGAUCAGGCAAACGCGCCAGGGCAAAGACACUCGAGAUCAUACUCCAGACCUUUCGGCGUUGAUCCGAAUAUAGGCAAUCAUCCUGCCAUGCGUGCAACUGAGCCUGAGCAAACCCCCAUGGAUCGUGCUCAGAUGUACUCUACUGAAAGUCCUUUGCCUAGUGCAAGGCGGCCUCAAGAAGAGCUUGAUCGUCUGCGUCAGCAAAAAGGACAGCCACAGAUUACCGCCGUGUACCCACACCAACCAUCCGCGGAGGAGGAAUAUCGUAUCCCAGGCCCGUAUGUGCAGGAAUAUCGAUCACCGAAACAAAUAUCUACACCCAGGAGCGGUCGAAGCAAUGUUCAAGUGGUUGCCAGUGGAGGGCCAUUACCCAGCGCGCUCAGGUCUCAGCAAUACUCCAGCCAAAUUACUCCCCAGCCUCAUCCCGGACCGACCGCAAACGCCCCUGUGGAAAGACUGCAACGCCAGAGUUUCCAGGAGCAACCUUCUUACAAGACAGGCUCCACUGCUCAUGUCGAAUACGAUAUGCGGUCUGAAAUGAUUCCGCCUCGUCCUGGCGCUCCGUUGGUGCAGCAACAUCUUCAAUCAAUUCGUCCAUCGCCCGCUCCCGCUGCGCGUCCAGAAUCUUUACAGCCAGUCACCACCGAGCCGCAAACGGAGCGGAAGAAGAGUUUGCUUGGAAAGCUCUUCGGCGCCGGCUCCCAAUCGCGUUCAAAGCUCCAGAAACAAGCGCGAGUCGGAAGCCCAAUUGACAUUGCAGAAAUCACACAGAAGGAGAAGCGUGGUAGCUUCUUGCGCCGGGUCGACAGUAUGUCAUCGGAGCAAGGCAACCGCCAGGACCAGCUUGGACAGCUCCCGCCGUCAAACAUUCAGUCUCACUCUGCAAGGCGGCACUCUAGGGACGUUCUACGGGCUCCCACACCAGAGCCCAGCGAGAGACCUACAGAGGGCAAGAGGAAGAGAUUCUCAGGGUUCGGAGGCAACUUAUUCAAGAGCAGUAACAACACACGGGCUGCAACGGCAUCCACUCCUUCCUCGCAGACACAAGCCUACGGGCAAAAUACCACUUCUCAACGUGUUAUCUCUCCCGACCCUUACUCUGCGCAAAGUCAGCGGGUCAUGUCGCCGGAGCCGUAUUCUGCACAAACUCCUUACGGCCAAUAUCCUGUUGGCCCGGGGGGCUACUUCCACCAAGGACCGGGACAGUCACAGUACCCUCAGUCUACCUACCCUUCAAGUCAAUCUCAAACCCAACCAUCUCAGUAUGCAAAGGCUCCCUCUCCGUAUCAGCACCAAUCCGAACCCACCGGCUAUCCAUACCCAGGACAGACUGCUCAGUCGCCACCACCAGGUCCUCAACAAGCCGGGGGGUCGUAUCCCUACAUGAACCCGAACCAAAGUCGACCAUCCGAUCUCCGUAUUGACACCAGCAGUGGAAACCGUAGCCAGUAUUACGCGCCCGCUACUGCUCCGGCACAAGGCUACCCUAGACCGACCUCAUUCGCGUCGGCUCCGUACAACCCGGACCCCAGUCCAGGGAUGGCAAACAGGGACGGACCUACCUCCGCCCCUCCUGCACAACCUACACCUCCACCACAACAGGAUCCCCGUACCCAUGUUAUCGACCUCCACAAACGAUCACGCUCACCACGACUUGGACGUCCCGGCUCUGAUGAAUUAGACUCCAACCAACAACGGGGAAUUCCGAAUAUUAGCGCUAACACCAUGCUCGGUACAUUCAGUUCCAAGAAAAUCAGCCCCGUCGGCGGCAUCGCGCGCCCGGACGACGAUCAAGAAAGGCCCUUUGCGAUCACAGUGCCAGGGCUCGAAGACGAUGUCAAUGAGCGGCGGAAGAAACAGCUUCUGCGGGAGCGGAUCGAAGGUGGGACAGCAAGGAGUGCGACACCCGUCAGCAUCGAAUCUGGCGGCUAUCCUGAACAUGCCACCGCCAGUACAAGCCAGGGGCUGGAACGUAGCGUUUCAGUUCUAGGGGGCUCCAAUAAUCUAGUUUCUCCACGGGAAGCACGUCAUUCGAGUGCGAGAGACAAGACCACCCCCGGAAUAAUUGCAGAGCUACCAGGAUCAAAAGCAGAGGGGUAUGAAUCGGAAGAAGAGAUUCCAAUGAGUGCCACGGCGUACCCGGGACAGGAAUGGAUGCCGGUUUUUAUUGGCGAGGACUGA